GCCCAAAUCAAGGGUUUAAGCAAGCAACUGAUUUGUACUACUACUCCAUAAUCUAUCUCCUUGUUGGGCACAUAACUGAAGUGAGGAAGAGGGGGAGGGGGAGACGCAGAGAAACACCUCGGCUCGGUCACGGCCUCCAUAUGCUUGUUGGGUGCGGCACAAGCAACGGCAGCUGAAAGCGAGCUCCCUCCACCUCGCUCGCUGCUGCCUCUCGCCUCCUCCUCCUCACGCUCCUCGCUCUCACAUCCCGCGGCGACCACCUCGUCCUGCUCCUCGAGUCGCCGGAUCCCCUUCCCACUAGCGAGCGAGCGCGCGCGCGCGCCAUCCAUGCCGUGAGCUCGCUCGCCGUGCCGGCCGCUCUCGUUUGAAGGAAAAAGUCGUCACCUUUUCCGGUUCCCGCGGCGGGUUGGUUCUUGAUCGAGGCGGUUAAUAAGAAAGAAUGGCGCAGCGGCGAGGGCGGUUGUUCUUGGUGGUCGCUGCAGCGCUUCUGUUGGUCUUGGUGGAGGCGGUCCGGCCGGGCGCGGCGAUGUCGCCGGACGGGAAGGCGCUUCUGUCGCUGCUGCCGGGGGCGCCGUCGCCCGUGCUGCCGUCGUGGGACCCCAAGGCCGCGACGCCGUGCUCGUGGCAGGGGGUGACGUGCUCGCCCCAGAGCCGGGUGGUGUCGCUGUCGCUGCCCAACACCUUCCUCAAUCUGUCCGCGCUGCCGCCGUCGCUCGCCUCGCUCUCUUCGCUGCAGCUGCUCAACCUCUCCACCUGCAACAUCUCGGGGACGAUCCCUCCGUCGUACGCGUCGCUGGCGGCGCUGCGCGUGCUCGACCUGUCGUCGAACGCGCUCACGGGUGACAUCCCCGACUCGCUCGGUGCGCUGUCCGGGCUCCAGUUCCUGCUCCUCAACUCCAACCGCCUCAUCGGCGCCAUCCCGCGCUCCCUCGCCAACCUCUCCGCGCUCCAGGUGCUCUGCGUCCAGGACAACUUCCUCAACGGCACCAUCCCGGCGCCCCUGGGAGCGCUCACCGCGCUCCAGCAGUUCCGUAUCGGCGGCAACCCGGCGCUGUCUGGGCCCAUCCCGCCCUCCCUCGGCGCGCUCUCCAACCUCACCGUCUUCGGCGCCGCGGCGACCGCGCUUUCCGGCCCCAUCCCGGAGGAGUUAGGCAACCUCAUCAACCUCCAGACGCUGGCAUUGUACGACACCAGCGUGUCCGGUCCCAUACCCGCCGCGCUUGGCGGCUGCGUCGAGCUGCGCAACCUCUACCUCCACAUGAACAAGCUCACCGGGCCGAUACCGCCGGAGCUCGGGCGGCUGCAGAAGCUCACCAGCCUGCUCCUCUGGGGCAACGCUCUCUCCGGGAAGAUCCCACCGGAGCUGUCCAACUGCUCCGCAUUGGUGGUGCUCGACCUGUCGGGCAACCGCCUCACAGGCAAUGUGCCCGGGGCGCUCGGGCGGCUCGGCGCGCUCGAGCAGCUGCACCUGUCGGACAACCAGCUCACGGGGCGCAUACCGCCGGAGCUGAGCAACUUGAGCAGCCUCACCGCGCUUCAGCUCGACAAGAAUGGUCUCUCGGGGGCGAUCCCGCCGCAGCUCGGGGAGCUGAAGGCGCUCCAGGUGCUGUUCCUCUGGGGCAACGCGCUAUCCGGCGCAAUUCCGCCGUCGCUGGGCGACUGCACGGAGCUGUACGCGCUGGACCUGUCCAAGAACCGGCUCUCCGGCGGCAUCCCUGACGAGGUGUUUGCGCUGCAGAAGCUCAGCAAGCUGCUGCUGCUCGGCAAUGCGCUGUCUGGGCCGCUCCCGCCGAGCGUCGCCGACUGCGUGUCAUUGGUCCGGCUCCGGCUGGGCGAGAACCAGCUCGUCGGCGAGAUACCAAGGGAGAUCGGCAAGCUGCAGAACCUGGUGUUCCUGGACCUGUACUCUAACAGGUUCACCGGCGCGCUGCCCGCCGAGCUCGCCAACAUCACGGUGCUGGAGCUCCUCGACGUGCACAACAACAGCUUGUCCGGGGGCAUCCCGCCGCAGUUCGGGGAGCUGAUGAACCUGGAGCAGCUCGACCUGAGCAUGAACAAUCUCACCGGUGAAAUACCGGCGAGCUUUGGCAACUUCAGCUACCUCAACAAGCUCAUCCUGAGCGGCAACAAUCUGUCUGGGCCAUUGCCCAAAUCGAUUCGGAACCUGCAGAAGCUGACCAUGCUGGACCUGAGCAUCAACAGCUUCUCCGGCCCGAUACCGCCGGAGAUCGGUGCGCUGUCGAGCCUCAGCAUCAGCCUGGACCUGAGCUCGAACAGGUUCGCCGGGGAUCUACCGGACGAGAUGUCCGGCUUGACGCAGCUUCAGUCACUCAACCUGGCAAGUAAUGGCCUCUACGGCAGCAUCUCGGUGCUGGGCGCGCUCACCAGCCUGACAUCCCUCAACAUCUCCUACAACAACUUCUCCGGUGCAAUCCCGGUGACGCCAUUCUUCAAGACAUUGUCGUCCAACUCCUACAUUGGCAAUGCCAACCUCUGUGAGUCCUUUGACGGCCACACAUGCACGUCGGACAUGGUUCGCAGGUCGGCCCUGAAGACGAUCAAGACUGUGAUCCUCGUCUGCGCCGUUCUGGGAUUGGUCACGCUGUUGCUUGUUGUGGUUUGGAUUCUGAUCAACAGAAGCAGGAAGCUUGCGGGCGAUAAGGCGAUGAGCUUGUCGGCGGCAGGCGGCGAUGAUUUCUCCAACCCGUGGACGUUUACGCCUUUCCAGAAGCUCAACUUCAGCAUUGAUAGCAUCUUGGCAUGUUUAAAGGACGAGAAUGUGAUCGGCAAAGGUUGCUCGGGGGUGGUGUACAGAGCUGAAAUGCCGAACGGGGAGAUCAUCGCGGUGAAGAAGCUCUGGAAGGCCGGCAAGGAUGAGCCAAUCGAUACGUUUGCCGCCGAGAUUCAGAUUCUUGGGCACAUCAGGCACCGGAACAUCGUGAAGCUGCUUGGGUACUGCUCGAACAGGUCUGUCAAGCUCCUGCUCUACAAUUACAUCCCCAACGGCAAUCUGCUGCAGCUCCUGAUGGAAAACAGGAGCCUAGAUUGGGAUACCCGGUACAAGAUUGCCGUCGGGACCGCGCAGGGGCUGGCUUAUCUGCACCAUGACUGCGUCCCGGCGAUACUCCACCGGGACGUUAAGUGCAACAACAUUCUGCUCGAUUCGAAGUAUGAGGCGUACUUGGCUGACUUUGGGCUUGCCAAGCUGAUGAAUUCCCCGAAUUAUCAUCAUGCCAUGUCGCGCAUCGCCGGUUCUUAUGGAUACAUUGCUCCAGAGUACGGCUACACCAGCAACAUCACCGAGAAGAGCGACGUAUACAGCUACGGCGUGGUGCUCCUGGAGAUCCUGAGCGGGCGGAGCGCUAUCGAGUCAAUGGUCGGCGGCAGCCUGCACAUCGUGGAGUGGGCGAAGAAGAAGAUGGGGAGCUACGAGCCGCCGGUGAACAUCCUGGACCCGAAGCUGCGCGGCAUGCCGGACCAGCUGGUGCAGGAGAUGCUGCAGACGCUGGGCGUCGCCAUCUUCUGCGUGAACGCGGCGCCGGCGGAGCGGCCGACCAUGAAGGAGGUGGUGGCCCUGCUCAAGGAGGUGAAGAGCCCGCCGGAGGAGUGGGCCAAGACGUCGCAACAGCCGCUCAUCAAGCCCGGAAGCCAGCAAGGGUGACGAUCGACAUUGCCGCGCAUUGGAGUAGUUUCUCUUCUGGAUUUCACAUCGUUGGAGAAGAGCAUUCGUUGUAGUGGAUUCAGUGAUGCAGAUUGCAGCUAGAAGAAAUGGAGGGAGAUGAGAUGAAACAGAGGGGGGAAAUGGAGUAGAGUUUAGAGAAUUCAGGGCAAGCUAGCUUUGGUUAGGGGAGUCUUGUACAGUUCCAAAUGGUGUCGCAGCCCGUUUUGGGAAACUUGAAUGGAAAA